AUGUCAAGACGUGAAGGGCUCUUUCCCUCGGGCUCUAUCGGACGCUCUGGCAUCCAGUUACCCAGAACAGCCUCACACGACAGUCUGACUGCCCACCCGCUCCUCUCGCCUCCUGCUACUGGAUCUACCUCAUUCUCGUCACCGAAUACCCCAGCUACCGCAGCCAGCGCAACCCCUACCAGCCCCGACUCGUCUGCACCCAUUUCUGCACCCCGCUAUGUGCCGUAUACCCCGAGACAACGUGGAGCCCCCUCCCCAGCUACAACAACUACGACGAGCACCACGACGCACCCGACCCCGUCCGAUCGCGAUGCUGCUAACCGCUUGCACCUGAUGAACCUGAAAGCUGCGGCGCAGAAAGCCGGGCUGGAUGCCGCAAGUACAGGAUGGAUGAUCUUGGAGAGAUUUGCAUUGGAGGCAGGUCGCGGGCCCGAGUGGAACGAGUUGUGGACGGCUGUCUCAGAAGGGAAGGCUACUCUACUCCUACCUCGCGACCCUCAUCAGUCAAGUGUAUCUAUAACACCUGAUGUCAUCAAGGACCACAUCGCGAUAUGCGAUGCAGGUGCCGGUUCUCCAAUAACCAGUGUGAUUACACUGUCCGGAUUGCGAGGAUACAUUACCGACAAUGUGCUUACUUUCCGGUCCACCUUGUCGCCAUCCUCGAAGCCGUUCCAAGCCCUCUUGACUCCGUCAACGCGUGGCGCGGCACUUGCCUCGCUGUCGCCCCUCCCUAGACCACUGUCCGCUUCACAACGGUCACCCGUGGAGCCGCGUCAUCAGAACUCACGAGAUAGCCCCGCAUACCCUACCUUCUCCGUCCAUGGCCACGCUAGUAGCCUACCUCUACCUCCGCGUCCUACGGCGAAAGGCCCUCCUCUUCCUCCGCGCCCUAGCGGUAGGCCGUCGCUACCCGCGUCAUCCACUGGUGCUGGAACGCGUCUCUCCAACCCAUUCGCAUCCCUCUUCGGUCGUGCGACGACUGCUUCGCCUACCCCUCCAGCGAGCCCCUCGACAUCACCCUCAGCUUUGCCGGGAGAAUCAUCAUCGGCAUCUGCACCGGACGUCUCUAGCGCCACAUCACUUGCAGAACCAGCGAUCCCGCUCAAUAUCCCCGCAUAUGUGAUAGGCGGGCGCAUACAUCGUGCUCAGGUGUUGAGUACGAUCUCCACGGCUCUUCGCGGAGAGCUCGACGACGUCCUGGCGAGCGAUGGCGUUCCUACUUGGCUACGCGAGCGCGUGCUAGAGGGCACUCAGUGGCUAGGACCAGUGUCCUACGGCAAGGCAGCAGCCGCGCCCGAUGGUCGGAGACGCGUCAGCGGGGUUAGCGCAACAUCGAGUCCGGGUCGCAUUCGUAGCGCGGGAGGCUCAGACGGGUCGGUGUGGGAGGUUGCCGGCGAGCUGGUUGCUGCCGCUGACGGCGGGGGCAUCGAGGAAGUGGCGAGGCGGCUACAGGAGUUCUGGUACGAUCUUGAAGAUGAGGUGGAGAAGCGAUGGACGGAGGACGUCGCGAAGGAGAGUCACAAGGGCAGCCGGUGGCGGAGACAAGGUAAGGGCGGCAGCGGGAGCGAGGGCGAGAUCGAGAAAGAUCGGGAGGACGGCGAUGUGGAUAAGGUGCCCGAGGCGAGCGGGACAGUUGAGAAGGAUGGGGACGAGGAGGAGAAUAGCCCGAAGGCGAUUCAUACGAAGCGCAUCAUGGAGGCGGUAGAGAAAGCUGUCUGCUCACUAUACUACGAUAGACUGUUCCUGCCCCCUGGUACAGACGAUGCUUCCCAUGACGAAGCUCUCUCUAGUCGAAUCGCUGCAGUCAACCUACUUGACCUGGGUUUGCAACACCUUGGCGUCGAGGUGGGCAAGGCAGGACCAGAAGUCGAGACUCUUGUCAAGGCCUGCGGUCAAACCCUCACACACUUGGAUUCCGUCUGUCGUUCCCCUGCCGAUAAGGCGGCUACAUUGGUUUCUGUGCACAAGGUCCUAGUCGAGGGCUUGUCUAGACUACCACCAUUAAGGUUGAAGUCAGACGACGAGAUAAUGGAUGAGAAGACUCCAAUGGCGACUUCGUUCGCGAAGUCUGUGCAUCCAGAUGACGAUGAAUUGGACAGGGCUGUUUCUCCUCCCCCUGUAGUGGUGGUUUCUCCAAUGAGCGAAUCUCUCCCCUCAGAACUGCAGCCUAUCGCUCCUACCGAAAGAAGCAUCCUCCUCGUCCCUGACGAUGCUUCUCUAAUAUCUGAGUCGUCUAGUUCACGAUCCCCUAUUCUGACAGUAUCUCCACCACCGCCUGAACCCUCUGCGGACACGCCACCAGGGCCAGGGCCGACACCUGUCUCCAGCGACCUCAUCCUCCCGUUGAUGAUAUUCGCCGUUGUCAAAGCCAAUCCGCCGCAUCUGGUCUCUCAUCUUCUUUAUACACAGCGUUUUAGGCGGGAGCGUGCCGCCGGCGGGGAGGAGGGAUACUGUCUCAUCAACCUCAUGGCUGUUGCUGAGUUCCUCGAGAACGUUGACCUCGCCGCGCUCGGGCUUGGGGAGAGUGAGAAGAUGGUCAUCAGCACUGCGGAGCUUACGCCCAUCCCCAUCUCUCGAUCUGGUCCUGACGGUGGAUCACCUCGCGUGGCACAAUCCAGUUUGCGCGGGCGCGUUGAGCAGCAAGUUGACGCGCUCGCCGGGUCAGCCAACAAGGUGCUCACGGGUGUCGUGGACACUUCCUUUGGCGUACUACGAGCAUUCCUACCUGGUCAGACCCUCGACCCUAACGCGGAGGCGCCCACACCGCCCACUGAUGCCGACCAGAACGCCGCACCAUGGAACAUCGCGCAACCUAGAUUUGGGCUUCUCCGCCGAGACACGGGCUUCUCAAUAGCAAGCAUCGCUGCUUCUCUGCCGGGACGAUCGAAAUCAACACAGAACGAGGAGCCUGGGCAGCAGAUGAUUGAUGUACCGUCACGUCCAGGCUCUAGUCGGUCUCUUCGGCCCGAAGACGAGUUGGAGGAGGAUGAGUCGGAGGAGGACGAUGAAGACGACGACGAAGAGGAGGAGGGGGAGCACGACGCCAGGAGCAUUCGCAGUUUCGAGAGUAUGAUGAGUCAACGUAGUCGGCGUGCGCGGAGGCGCAAGACCACAGCCGGAGGACGGAAGAGUCUCGCAGAUCGACUUGCGAGUGUACCUGGCUUGUCGAGGUUGUCCCAAGGUCAGAGCACAACUGGUGACGCAGCAGCUAAGACAUCUCCCCCUGACUCUCGUCGAUCGUCAUUGCUCCUCCCGCCCAGUACAAUCAAGCAUAUUGAGUCACCUGCAUCAUCCAGGGCGCAGUCACCGAUCUCUAUCCGCAUUUCGCCCCCUAACAAUCGUUUCUUGACAUGCACCGAAGAUGACAUCAAAGUGUCCGAAGUCGGGGAGCUGUUACGAGAGUACAAGCGUCUAGUAGAGGCCGUGAGGGCCAUGGGUGGAUUCCACGACGACUGA